AGUAAUGCCAACUUAAAGUUAUAUACCUCGAAAAAAAACACCCGUUAUGAUACUUUAUAUAUUCGAAAAUAAAAUUUCAAAUUAGUAUAUAUCACUUCUGAAUGUUAUUGUACUCAUUUCAAACUUUGUGUUAAUUUCAGACCAGCAGACAUAUGCUAUAAGUUGGACAUGGACAUAGUGAGAUGCAUUAAGUCAGAUUUCGCACCAGAAUAUACGAAUUCUGAUAAACUUAGAGAAAUUAGAUUAGUGAUGAAAGAUAAGCUCAAUGCUGCGUAUUAUGCCCAAUAUUUCCAUAACUGCCUGUGGUUAGAAGAGCACUCAUGUGAAAAAAAAGCCUUCACGUUGGAAAAGGCUCCAGUACUAUUCUGUAAGGGAAAUGAAAUUAGAGUUAUAAUCCAUCGGUUCCACAGAAGGUUUGCUCGUGUUCAUUUUGGAGAUCAAAUUUUUGUACAGAACACCAGGGAUUCAGAAGUCUUCCAAGGCUUCGUGAGACGUUUCAAGGGAGAUGAAGUUUUCCUAGGGGGCUUUAAGCCCAGAUUAUUGGAUUCAUUGCAUUUGUACGCGGAUCCAAAAAUUAACCUGCAAUUUCCAAUAGACCGGUUGGUUGCAACAAGACAACACGCAGCUGUCGAUACUGUUGCAUCGAAAUUUUUACACAUGCUAUUUCCAGAUUAUCUUCCUACCGGACCAGCACUACCCUACUUCGACGUUACGAAAGAAGAUUUAUUGAAUAAGGAUAUCGCUGACAAUCUACAUGAAUUGAAGGCAGUGAAAGACAUCUUGAAUUCUCAGCCACAAGAACCACCUUACAUAGUAUAUGGACCUCCAGGAACAGGAAAGACCGUAACUAUUGUAGAGGCUAUGUGUCAAAUUCUCAAGAGAACCGGUAAAAAAAUUCUUGUUUGUGCACCAGCAAACGCCCAUUGUGAUACGAUAGCUCUGAGACUCUCAGAAUAUUGCACUGAUAAGCAGAUGUGCAGAAUAUACUCUACAACUAGAAAACCGAAUAAAAUUCCCCAAAGACUGGUACCUUAUAGUAAUUUAAACAAAUAUAAAAGAGUAAUCCCCUUGACAGCGAAUCAGUUGAACCAAUAUAGGAUUGUGAUCUCUACACUUGUUUUAAUUGGAAAAUUCGAUGAAUCCAUUUACUCCCCCGAUUUUGUUUUCAUCGACGAAGCAGCGCAAGCUAUGGAACCCGAAGCAUGCAUUGCUUUUUCUAAAUUGCACGAGCAUGGUACCCUUGUCCUAUCAGGAGAUCCUAAUCAGCUCCAACCGAUAGUAAAUUCUCGCACUGCUAAACAGUAUGGUCUUGAUGUUUCACUUCUCCAACGACUGAUGGAUACCCAGACGAUUUAUAAAAGUGAAGAUUCAAGGUUUAUUACGAUGUUGAAGUUGAAUCAUAGAAAUCAUCCCUUGAUUAUUGGUAUAUCGAAUAAACUAUUCUAUGGUAACAAAAUUGAUUGUGUGUCAGAAGCAGCAACAUUUGAUCCUGUUUCGAAGUUGAAUGUUUUCCCGCAUGUGGAUUACAGUGAAAAGGCAGAGACAAAUGAUGGGUGCGCUUUAGAAUUCUGUGCAGUAAGUUCAGAGGAGUCCAAAGAAUGCUUCUCAACCAGUUAUUUCAAUAUGGCAGAAAUAGAGAUGUUGCUGAAGUACAUUCAAACACUACUUAGUGUAAAAAUAAAUCCUGCUAUAACGAAGAACGAUAUUGGUAUUAUUACUCCAUACAAUAAUCAGGUGUCUAAGAUAAAACAACUGCUAGGGAAGAACAGUCUAUCUGAUGUGGAAGUUGGAAAUAUAGAGACGUUUCAAGGACGUGAAAAGAGAGUUAUUCUUAUGAGCACUGUAAGAGGACAAUUUGACCUUCUGAAGUAUGACAAUAGAUACGGUUUGGGAUUCCUGAAACAACCCCAGAGAUUUAAUGUAGCCCUCACAAGAGCCAGGAGUAAACUGGUAAUUAUAGGAUGCCCAUUGGUGUUGAGCACAGAUGAUAAAUGGAACACUUAUAUCAAAACCUGCAAAAGACUCAAUACUUAUUAUGGCAUGGAAGCUGACGAACGCAAUGAAGAAACAUAUGCACAAUGCGUUGAGACGUUAAAUGAAUUCCCUACCCUCCGCCAAAAAAUGAUAGAAGAGUGUAAUAGCGAUAAGAUGAUACGCCCGGCCCCUGUAAAAACUAGCGAUGGACCAUAUGGAACUUCUAGCCAACCUGGCCCUUCUAAUGUCCAAGAAAUUGGCAACACUAUUAGGAUACAUUACACCUCUGAUGCUGCUGAUGAUUCUGCUAGCUCUGAUAGUUCUUCUGCCCCUGAUGAAUCUUAUGACUGUGAUAAUUCUUCCAACUCUUCUAUCUCUAAAUUGUCUCCAUCUUUGCAGAAAAUUGUUAUUGAAAUUGGAAAGUGUUAUACACCCCGAAAUAAUUUUGUAGAUUCGGAUAGCUCUGACGAUUCCGACUCUGAUGAGACAUCCCAGAAAAUCGGUUGCAUUACAUAUGUUUCUUUUCAAGAGUCUGAAGCUGAUGACGCACCUCAAAAUAAUCCUGUAGAUUCACGAAUUGCUGAUAUUUAUCAAGCAGGUCCAUCUGGACUCCUAAGCUUCGAGCAUGCUGCCAAUGAAGAAUCUACUGAAGAAACAGAGAAAACUGAUUCCCCCAGUAAAAAAUCCGAUAGUUCUGAAUUCGAGAUAAUCGACGUAGAUUCACGAUUCACUGUAGAUUCACUAAUUGCUGGACUGAUAAGCUUCGAGCGUGCUGCCAAUGAAAAAUCUACCGAAGAAACAGUGAAAACUGAUCCCCCCAGUAAAAAAUCCGAUAGUUCUGAAUUCGAGAUAAUCGAUGUACAUUCACGAGUCACUGUAGAUUCACUAAUUGCUGAUAUUCAUCCAUCUAGACUCCUAAUCUUCGAGCAUGCUGCCAAUGAAGAAUCUACUGAAGAAACAGAGAAAACUGAUUCCCCCAGUAAAAUAUCCGAUAGUUCUGAAUUCGAGAUAAUCAACACCCCCCAAACAUCAGACUUCGAAAUGGUCGAUUCUGACAAAUCUGAAAAUGAACACAUACAUGAGAACACUGAGAAUGUAGAAGAAAAUACAUCUUCAACUUCUGCAAUUAUGUCUAAUGCUGAUCAAGCACCACAAAAUAGUUGCGAACCUGUAGAUUCGCAAGACAGCACUAAUCAGGCAGGUCCUUCUGGACUCCAAUCCGUCAAGCAAAAAAAUAUUUUUGAUUUAUUUAUUUCACAAUCUGAAUUUCUCCACGAUUGUAAGACUAUAGAAUACUCCUCCGAAUCAGAAGAUGAAGAAGAGAAGGAAAAAAUUACUGAGUCCGAAUAAGAAUUCUGCAUGGAUUUCUGUGAUAAUUUAAAUUUAUUUUGAUCAAUUUAAAAGACUGAUUUAAUAAAUAAGUUCCUUGUAUAUAAUGUAAUGAAAAAUUGUCACGAAAAAUUGAGAAAAUAUAUUUUUUAGAGUUUAAUUGUGUUUUCUGUUAUUUAUACUCAGAUACUAUAUUGAAACAACUAUAAGAUUAUUUCAGAUGUUUAUUAAUCGUAUUAAGAGCUCCUCGAAUGCAACUGUAACUGGAUGUAAUGGAUAUGAAAAUUCUUAUAUGACAAAAUUAAAAUAUGCAUUCCGUUAAAUUGGCUGAGUUUUUGAUGUUACAGCUCUUGAGGUUUUUAAAUUCAAAAAUGGUAAAAUGGUUACAAAUCGAUGUACAAUCAAAAAAUGUUUAUGAAUCAUAUUCUACACAUUAUUUUACAUUACACUCGGAACAAUAUACGGAGUGUUCCUUUC